AUGACCACUCAACAGAACACAAAACACUCAUCCAAAAGAAUUUCACAAUCACUACCCAUCCGAAUAUUGCAUUUGUUGCAACGUACGAACAAGUUCUCAGUUGCUCUCGAUCUUAUCCGAGGACAUGUCGAUAGGCCCAUUUAUACGCCAAAACAGAGAUUUAAUAUAUCUUCACCAAAAAAAAAAAAUUUAUUGUGGCUGAUAAAAAGCGCAAAACCAAAGCACCUACUUAUUCUCAGUAGUACCAACUUGCUGCCUAACCCUGCGCGCACAUUCCGCAAAACCCUCGACCAACUGGCCACAUUUCAACGGGCACGCAUCUUUUUCAUCCAAACACGGCAUCGGUUUGCGAUUGGGGAGCUUAAACUCCUUUUCGUGAAGUUCUUUCGCCCUUUGAGUGACCUCGUUCAGCAU